GGGAGAAAGGGGAGGGGACCACUGCCUCUAAAAUGACUCAAGACACCAGUUCUAAGAGUGUCCAGAAGCCCAGAGCAGAGUCCCCUACAACCAGCCUGCUAUCAAUGAAGAGUGAUCAGCCACCUGCUUUCAGCCAGGAACCAUUUCCAGAUGACAAUAAGGAAGUGGAGAGUUUGGACAGUGAGGAUCCAUUAAAGAUCCCACACAACCUUCUGGACAGAAGAAGUCAAACUCUGCUGACAGUUCAACAAGACAUUAAGGCUAAACUGAAACACAAGUAUCAACACAUAUCUGAAGGAAUUGGACACUAUGGAAACCAAAGUCUGUUAAAGGACAUCUACACAGAGCUCUACAUCACAGAGGGUGGAAGUGGAGGGCUCAAUAAUAAACAUGAGGUUAGACAGAUAGAGAUGGCAUCCAAGAAACAAACCACACAAAAGACACCAAUCAAAUGCAACGACAUCUUCAAGCCUUUACCUGGACAAGACAAACCUAUCAGAACUGUGCUGACAAAAGGAAUCGCUGGCAUUGGAAAAACAGUCUCUGUGCAGAAGGUCAUCCUUGACUGGGCAGAGGGAAAAGAAAAUAAGGAUGUUCAUUUCAUGUUUCCUCUUCCUUUCCGUGAUCUGAACCUGAAAAAGGACCAAUACAGUCUGAUGCAACUUCUUUCCCACUACUUCCCAGAGCUGAAAGAGAUUGACAGCAUUGAAGAUGGUGAAACCAAAAUUGUUUUCAUUUUUGAUGGUCUGGAUGAGUGUCGACUUCCUCUAGACUUCAAAAACAAUGAGAAGUGCUGUGAUGUCACGAAGCCAACCUCAGUGGACGUGCUGCUGACAAACCUCAUCGAGGGGAAUCUGCUUCCCUCUGCUCUCCUCUGGAUAACCUCAAGGCCUGCAGCAACCAAUCAGAUCCCUCCUGAGUGUGUUGACCAGGUGACAGAGGUACGAGGGUUCAAUGAUCCACAGAAGGAGGAGUAUUUCAGGAAGAAAAUCCCAGAUCAGAAUCUGGCCAAUGAUAUCAUCAAACACAUGAAGACAUCAAGGAGCCUCCACAUCAUGUGCCACAUGCCAGUCUUCUGUUGGAUAUCAGCCACUGUCCUUGAGAUGAUACUGAAAGAGGCAGAGAAGGAUGAAGUCCCCAAAACUCUGACCCAGAUGUACUCACACUUCAUGCUCAUCCAAACCAUUGUGAAGAACAAGAAGUACAACAAAGCAACAGAGACAAACCCAAAGGACCUGUCUCAGUCAGACAAAGAGAUGAUCCUGAAACUGGCAAAGCUGGCUUUCCAACAGCUGCAGAAGGGCAACCUGAUCUUCUAUGAGGAAGACCUGAGAGAGUGUGGCCUUGAUGUCACAGAGGCAUCAGUGUACUCAGCAUUGUGUACAGAGAUCUUUAAAGAAGAAUCUGGGUUGUACCAAGAGAAGGUCUACAGCUUUGUGCAUCUGAGCAUUCAGGAGUUUCUAGCAGCAGUGCAUGCUUUAGAAUCAUGUCUGGACAAGAAGGAAAAUGUUUUCUCCCCCAAUAAUGAUGAUGGUGAUGAUUACGAUGCUGAUGAUUAUGAGUAUUACGAUGAUUUUGAGGAUUACGAUGAUGAGUCAAUCCAGUUGUCUGACUUACUCAGGAGCGCAGUGUACCAGGCCUUGAAGAGUGAGAAUGGACACCUGGACCUGUUCCUCCGCUUCCUUCUGGGUCUCUCACUGGAGUCCAAUCAGAAUCUGUUACGAUGCCUUCUGACACAGACAGGAUGUACGACAGAGACCAAUGAGAAAACAGUUAAGAGAACAGUCGGGUACCUUUCAUACAAGAUCAAAAGAGAAUCCUCACCAGAAAGGAUCAUCAACUUGUUUCACUGUCUGAAUGAACUUUGUGCCAACUCUCUAGUUGAAGACAUGCAGACCUCCCUGCGAUCAGGAACUCUUUCCGAAACAAGACUAGAACCUGACCAAUGUUCAGCCCUGGCCUACCUGUUACUGAUGUCAGAGGAGGUGCUGGAGGAGUUUGACCUGAAGCCAUACAACACAUCAGAGGAAGGUUAUCAGAGGUUGCUGCCGGUAGUGAAAACCUGCAAAAGAGCACUACUGGAUGGCUGUAAACUGACAUAUAAAUCCUGUGAGACUCUGGCCUCAGCUCUGCAGACACCAAACUCCCCCCUGAGAGAUCUGAACCUCAGCUACAAUGACCUGAGAGACAGAGGAGUGGAGCUGCUCUGUGUUGGACUAACCAGUCCACUCUGCAACAUACAGACACUAGUUCUAGGUCAGUGUGGUCUGACAGAGGGUUGCUGUUCAGAUCUGGCCUCAGUCCUGAGUUCACCCAACUCACAACUGAAACAACUGGAGCUGAGAGACAAUGACCUGCAGGACUCAGGAGUUACACUGCUGUCUGCUGGACUGGAGGAUCCAGACUGUAAACUACACACACUGGGGCUGUCUGGCUGUCUGCUCACAGAGGAGGGCUGUGCUGCUCUGUCUUCAGCUCUGAGGUUAAACCCCUCCCACCUGAAAGAGCUGGACCUGAGCUACAAUCACCCAGGAGACUCUGCAGGGGGACUGCUUUCAGCUGCUCUGGUGGAUCCCACAUAUAAACUGAUGAAGCUGAAUGUGGAUCAUGGUGGAGAGUGCAGGCUGAAAUCAGGGCUGAGGAAAUAUGCCUGUUAUCUCACCCCGGACCCAAAUACAGUAAACCCAAACCUGAUACUGUCUGAGCGGAACAGGAAGGUGACACGGGUGAAAGAGGAGCAGCAUUAUGAAGACCAUCCAGACAGAUUAGACUGUCUUUACCAAGUUCUCUGCAGAGAAGGCUUAUCUGGAUCUCGUUAUUACUGGGAGGUGGAGAGGGAUGGUUACUGGGCUGACAUUGGUGUGGUGUACAAGGGAAUGAAGAGAAAGGGAAGGGAGGAUGACAGUUGGAUUGGAGCCAAUAGGAAGUCCUGGUGUUUAGUCUGCUCUGAUGGCCUCUACUCAUUUUUCCAUGUUGGAGUCAGCAGAAUCAUCUCUGGUCCUGUUUCUAACAGAGUUGGUGUGUAUCUGGACUGGCCAGCUGGUACUUUGUCCUUCUAUAGUGUGUCCUCCUCUGGUACACUGACACACCUUCACACAGAACACACCACAUUCACUGAACCCCUCUAUCCUGGGUUUAGGUUUUACUCCUCCUCAGUGACCCUGUGUCAGAUAGAUGACCAACACAUUCAGAGAGACCAUGGUGGAGAGAGUUGGAUCAAGCCUGGACCUGGGAAAUGGAUUCCUCAGAGCUGUAAGACUUGUGACCAUGUUGAGGACUCCACACACUGGCUUCAGAUUGAACCCUUGACUUCCACUGUCCAGGGAGUGAAAAUGUUCAGGCACAGGACACCCAAAGGGAGUUAUGAGUGCACAGUGUCUGGGCUCCGCUGGCUGUGUGAGAGAGAUGUCAUUCUGAAGUAUCACUUCAGGAACUGGGAACCCUACAGUCAACUUCUGAAAGUCAUGCAGUACACACAAGGUGGUCCAUUGCUGGACAUCACUAUGGAGUUAGGUGAACUGGAGGAAGUUCAUCUGCCACACUUUGUCUGUUUAGGGACCAACCCUUCCCUGAGGAAUGAGAUGAAGAUUCUUCAUGUAGAGGAACAUGGAGUGUCUUUAGAGGAAGUGCAUGAGGUCACCAGAUUCCAUGCUAAGAUUCUCCAUCCCAAGUUCUCAGUAAUCUCUGUUAUACUGAGCUAUAUCUAUCCUUGGAACGUAGAUGUCCACUGUGACGUGGUCCUCUAUAUGGCAGUAAAAAGGUCAACAGUCAUUUCAAGGCUGUACCUGCUCCUCAGAAACUCCAGUCAGAAAGAGGCUGUUCGGGAACAGGAGAAAAAUCAGGUGUCCAAAGGAUUUUCAGAAUUCGUCCUGUCAAGUCCAAACGGGCCCUUAAAGCUGAACAGUUUGUUUGCAUUCAAGAAUCCCCAUUCCACUUCCAUCAAUCCAGAGAAGAUUCAGCUGUUACCUGCAGACACCACACCAAGCUGUUGUCAGAUGAUUAUGGGAAACACAGGGGUUGACAUUGAGAUGGAAUUAAUCGGGGAAGAUGAGAGGACAGUAUGGAAAUCAGUGGUAUCAAAAGAUCUAUACAGCAAAGACUCUCAUCCAACAACAUUAACACUCAUUGGGAUUCCUGCUGAGGAGUUUCUUCAGAAUCACAGGGCUAUACUCAUUCAGGGAGUCAAAAACCCAAUGCCAAUAGCAGAUGUUCUGCGGUCAAAGAGAAUGAUUGGUGAUGAAGAGUACUCCAGAAUAAAAGCUGAAACAACUGAACAGGACCGAAUGAGAGAACUACUGAGAUCAGUCCUCCCCAAAGGACCAGAAGUGACGGGAGCUUGUCUCAAAGCUCUCAUUGAACAUGAACACCAUCUUGUUAAGUACUUGAGUGAAUCUAGCACCUAAUCUGAAGAUGCUGAGGCCUGUCUCCUAGUCUGUGGACAAAGACACUUCUUCACCUAAUCUGAAGAUGCUGAGGCCUGUCUCCUAGUCUGUGGACAAAGACACUUCUUCACCUAAUCUGAAGAUGCUGAGGCCUGUCUCCUGGUCUGUGGACAAAGACACUUAAAUGAUUGUAAGGGAAAUGUUUAUGUUUGUGCUAUUCUUUUAACAAAUGUCUGUGUUUUAUUCAUGUGCUGUUCUAUAAACUAAUUUGUGUGUUCAUCAAGUGGCUGACUGUACAAAUCCUCACUAUCAGUAGCUGUAAUUUGGCAGUAAGCCCAGACGUUGUUUUGAGAACGAGAUAUCUCAGUUUCAAGGUCUCAGCUUAGAGAGAAGAAGACUGGUGAGGUGUUGGUCUGUUAAAUGUUAUGAACCAGUAUUGGUCUGUCAAAUGUUAUGAACCAGUAUUGGUCGGUCACAUGAAUGGAACAAAACGGUAAUGAUUCAUUAAUUAUGCUAAAUCAUGCAAAUAUAACUUGUCUGUGUAUAGCCGUAUAUAAGACAACUGCUGGGUCUGACCCGGGAGAGAUCCUGAUUGACAUGUGUACUAUGGUGCAUUGAGUUGGGUCUGACCAGGGAGAGUUCCUGAUUGACAUGUGUUCUAUGGUGCAUUGAGUUGGGUCUGACCAGGGAGAGCUCCUGAUUGGUUGGAACCUCUCCAGCUCACUGACAAUAAACAAUGAUUCAUUUCA